AUGAAGUCUCGUUUCACAAUAAUAGAUGUUUCCGCUGCUGUGAACGAUGUAAAGAGUCUGGAAGGUGCUCGAAUUAUCAAUGUCUACGAUAUCAAUCACAAGACGUACAUAAUGAAGUUAUCUAGUGCAAAAGAGAAGUUUCUUCUAUUGUUCGAGUCUGGAAUUCGUAUUCAUCGUGCUUAUCACGACUAUCAGAAGUCUUCAUUUCCCUCCAACUUCAGUGUGAAACUGCGCAAGCAUCUGAAUAACCGGAGGUUAGUUAGUCAGCUAGGUAUGGAUCGUAUAGUUGACUUGCAAGUUGAUGAAGGUGAACGAUGCUUCCAUGUGAUUGUAGAACUCUACGACAGGGGUAAUAUCGUCCUUACCGAUUCGUCUUAUACCAUUCUGAACAUACUUCGCCCUCGUUCGGAAAAGGAUACGGAUGUGAGAUUGGUCGUGAAGGAGAGAAAGUUCGAAUCUUUCUCUGAGGCUGUUGACGUCUUCUAUGCUGCGCAGGACGCUCAAAAACAGCAACAAGCUGCUCUCAGAGUGGAGAAAGAAGCGAUGAAGAAGCUUGAGAAUGUUAAGAAAGACCAGUUUCGCCGGAUCGUGGAGCUUGAGGAUAGUCGUGAUAUGAAUAUGAAAAUGGCCAAUCUUAUAAUAUUCAACCAGGACCUUGUAGACUCCGCCGUAAACAUCAUUUCUAAGGCGAUUGCCCAGAAAGCUAGCUGGGGUCAAAUAAAAGAGAUGCACUGUAAGGCGGUUAAAAAUGGUGAUCCGGUUGAGGAGAUUACGGGUUUCCUAAACACUCAAAGUCUUAUUUCGGAUCGUCAUUCCAGAUGGGAUGUUCCAAUUGAUGUUGGUAUGACUGCAUUCAGUAAUUCGCGUGAGCUUUACCAAUGUAUGAAGGCUGCCGCUGAGAAGGUUUUGCGCACAAAAGCAGCUGCUAAUAAAGCCAUCAAGAACUCCGAGGUUCAUUCACGUGUGGAUACUGCAUGGGUUCGGAAGAAAAUGUGGUUUGAGGAGUUCAUUUGGUUUAUUUCGUCUGAGAAUUACAUGGUCAUUGUUGGACGAGAUGCUGAUCAGAACGAACUACUUGUCAAAAGAUACCUUCGACCAGGAGACAUUUAUGUCCAUGCCGACGCCCAUGGCGCUGCUUCCGUCGUCAUUAGAAACAAGAAAGGAGGUGGUCAAAUUCCUCCUAAAACCAUGACGGAAGCUGCACAAAUGGCUGUUUGUUCUUCAAGUUCAUGGAGUUCCCACAUUGUUUCAGCUGCAUGGUGGGUGUAUGACCACCAGGUAUCAAAAGUUGCUCCUUCUGGUGAGUAUCUUGUCCAUGGAAGCUUUAUGAUUAGAGGGAAGAAAAAUUUCAUGCCUCGUAGUCCACUUCAGCUUGGUUUUGGGAUUUUAUUUCGUGUCGAUGAGGUCAGUGUCACUAACAGGAGGCAGCAAACACUGAUUUUCUACAUUCGUUCCAUUCUAGUAGUCUUAGAAAAUAGAUUUAAGUUAUAUUUCCAGGCUUUUAGUAAGUUCAAGUACAAAGUUAAGAUCACGCCAGGUACUUCUAAGAAAAACAAAGCGGGUAAAGCUGCUCUUGAUCUAUUUUUGCGUGUGGAGCAAGGUGAUCCUCGUGAAAAGGCACUAAUACGCACCCUAGUUGGGAAUGAAAACGCUUGCCGUAAUAUUCCUAAAGGAUGUCGCAUUCUCGCCCCUCAACUGUAUGCUAAAUGA